AGGAAGAAGAGGAGGAGGAGGGAGGAAGAGGAGGAGGAAGGAGGAAGAAGGGGAGGAGGAGGAGAAAGAAGGGGGCAACGCUCGGUCGUCCGCAACUUUUGUUUGUUUGUUUGCGCUUCAAGGACCCCGCCCGCCUGGAAACGGGGGUAGGUGGGGGGCAGAACUGGGCUUUACUCCCUCGGAGUUGCAACCUCCCCUUUGCACAAGUUAACUGCAUCUCUCCAAAGGGCAACGAGGCUGAUUUAGGGCUCGGGCGGGGAGGGGAAAGCGCUUAAGGCGACUUCCAGGGAGCAAAAGAUCCCAAUUUUGAAGAUCUCUCUUUUUUUUAAAAAAAAAAAUCCCCCAUUCUGUUUUUUCCAGUAUUUUUUUUUAGGAGAGAGCAUCCGGGGUCCUUCUUGGCGACGCCCCCUACCCCCCCUCCUCCUCCCUUGAUCUCCCCUCCCCCGUGGGGGGGGGGGACUCAACGACCCCCGAGGCUUUCCCCUUUCCUUCUCGCUCCGCCUGCGCCCGGUCCGGGGAAGUUUACCGUAAACUUUGCAAGGCAGCGGCGGCAGCGGCGCGUGGGAAUCCCACGCGAGAAGGGAAGGGAAGCGGGCGCGCGGGGCGAGGAGAAGCCGAGAGCGCGCCGCAACCCACCCACCCACCCGGGCCGGGCCUUCUGGGUUGGGGAGUCCUCCUUGGCCAGCUCCAACUUCGCCUUUUCCCCUCCUUCGCCGAGCGAGGAUGGUUCAGCAGCGGCUUUGAAAUUGGGAAGUCGGGGCUGGGGUGGGGUGGGGGGGUGUCGGUGGGAGCCAGCCAGAGGCAGCCGGAGCGAAGAUGCCUUCCGUCAUGGAAAAAUCGGGGAUCCUCUCCAGGAGCCGGGCCAAAUCGGCCACCAAUGGUACCCACCCCAAUUCGGAAGACGAGAGCAGCGAGGAGGAGCACUCGCACGAUAGCAUGAUCCGAGUGGGAGCAGAUUACCAGGCAGUCAUUCCAGAGUGCAAACCAGAAAGUCCUGCUCGCUACAGCAAUAAAGAGUUAAAGGGUAUGCUGGUUUGGUCACCCAACCACUGCGUUUCGGAUGCCAAAUUGGACAAAUAUAUCGCCAUGGCCAAGGAAAAGCAUGGCUAUAACAUCGAACAGGCUUUGGGGAUGCUAUUGUGGCAUAAACACGACGUGGAGAAGUCGCUGGCCGAUUUAGCCAAUUUCACGCCGUUCCCCGAUGAAUGGACAGUGGAGGACAAAGUCCUGUUCGAACAAGCCUUCAGCUUCCAUGGGAAAAGUUUUGCUCGCAUCCAGCAGAUGCUUCCUGACAAGUUAAUCCCCAGCCUGGUGAAAUAUUACUACUCUUGGAAGAAGACCAGAAGCCGGACCAGCGUGAUGGAUAGACAAGCCCGCAAGUUGCUCAGCAGGAAGGAAAAGGACGACAGCAAUGAUGAAUUAGAAGACGCUCGGCAGGCCAGCGAAGGCGAAUUUGAUGCCCUGGAUCCCAAGAAGGAGCCUAGUUAUCCGAAGCCCCCCAGCAGCAAACCUGGGCCAAUAAAGAAGGAAGUGCAGCUGCCGCAAUAUCGGCACCACCCACUCCGUGCUCGCCGGCGCCCUCCGAAGGGCAUGUACCUGAGCCAAGAAGGGAUCACGGGCCUCUCCACCAGCCCUGACGUGGCUGUGCUCACCUUGCGCCAUCUGGACUCUCAGCUGGUUUCGCUCAAACGCCAGGUGCAAAGCAUCAAACAGAUCAACAGCAGCAUGAAGCAGGCGCUAGGUGAAGGGAUACACAAACUGCGCCCAACGGAGACUAACAUCAAGUUCAACUCUCGCUGGACGACCGAUGAACAGCUGCUGGCAGUGCAGGCCAUCCGGAAAUACGGCAAAGACUUCCAAGCCAUCGCUGAGGUGAUCAGCAACAAGACCGUGGCGCAGGUGAAAACCUUCUUUGUCAGCUACCGCCGGCGGUUCAACCUGGAGGAGGUGCUGCAGGAGUGGGAGGCCGAACAGGAGGGCCUGAGUCCGGCCCCCGCCCAAGGCAGCUCGUCCCCCCAGGAGCAGAAGAGCAGCAGCGAGGAAGAGGACGAGGUCCAGAUAACCGCUGUAUCGCGAUCUGUGCAGCUGCCUCCAACCCAGCCGCCCCAGCCUCCUCCUGCACUUCCCCCUCCCGCCUCCCCGCCUCCCGUGGCGCUCUCCCAGCCUCCCCCCUUGCUGAGGCCCACCCUGCCCACCGCACCCAUGCUGCACCGCCAGCCGCCGCCCUUACAGCAAGGGCGUUUCCUCCAGCCCAGACUUUCGGUCAACCAGCUGCCACCUCCACUUAUCCGGCCUGCGGGGUCCCGCCAGGCCCCGCCGCGAGGAACCCAGCACCCCCCAUCGCUGCUCAGCGGGACAGGAGAGCCGCCCCCUCUGCCCUCCUUGGCGUCCCUCUGAAGGGGGACCCCUCUGCACCAGCCUUGCCUGGUGGGUCGGGUUCAGCUGGGAAUGGUACGAGCCCACCGGUGUGGGUUGGAGGCAGCGGGGAGGGGAAGAGGCGGGGUGGGCAGGAGUCCUUCCGCUCCUGCCCUC